UGGAUCACAAGUGCCAAAGGUUAGUGUGGAGAAGCUAAGCUGCAGACAACUGCAAUGGAGACUCUUAGGGGAUACCAGCCAUUGGGCUUCCUCUGCCUUGUCUUGCUGUUGGGGGGGCUGACUCCCCCUAGUGUUGCCCAGUUCAACUGGUGGCUGUAUUCAAAUUCGAAGGCUUUGACUACACCUGCUAUGAUUCCCCAAGAGGCAAAAACUGAUGUGAAGCAGUUUUCUGUGCCUACGGUCCGGAGUAGUUCCAUUCCUCAUAACACACCAGAUACAACUGCACAAGAUGCGACUACUGAACAAAUCCUAGAUUUGUCAAGUUCAUCUGGUAUAACAAAGGAAGAUGCUUUUGAUAAUAGCCUUUCUGUUUCAACCUUCUUUGAGGGCAGCGCUAUGGAAGAAGACUCUGAAUUCCUAAGUGUCCAGACCACUUCAAAAGUCCUCACAAGUUCAGUUCAGCAAUCCACUAUCACAGGGGAUUCUACAGCAAGACCAAUUAAUGUUACUUCACAGUGUGUCUGUCCAGCAAUACCUGGUCUGCCUGGUCCAAAGGGAGCAAAAGGUGACCAGGGUCCCCCUGGCAAACCUGGCUAUCCUGGCAUUCCAGGACUUCAGGGACUACCAGGGCCAGCAGGUCCAGCAGGACCAACAGGUCCACCAGGACCACCAGGUCCAUCAGGACCAGAAGGUCCACCAGGACCACCAGGUCCAUCAGGUUCAACUCUUCCUAAAAUCUUGGACUUCACUGAUACUAAGGUUGGAGAAGAGAAGAGAGCCAGUAUUAUAGAAGGGCCUCCUGGUCCACCAGGUGUAUCUGGUCAUCCAGGACAUCCAGGACCCCAAGGAUACCCAGGACUUGAAGGCCCCCAAGGUCCCCCUGGCCUCCCAGGACAUGAAGGCCAGCAAGGGGCUCCGGGGCUUCCUGGGGCUCCAGGCCAACCUGGUGCUCCAGGAGCCACAGGACCCUCAGGGAUUCCAGGGCCAGUGGGGUUGGAGGGUCCUCCCGGAGUCCCCGGCCCUGAAGGUCAUGCAGGAAUUCCAGGCCAGAUUGGGUCACCAGGAUUACCAGGCUUGCCUGGACCAGAAGGUCCUCCAGGAACAAAUGGAUCUCCCGGAAAGAACGGCUCAAAGGGAGAGAAAGGAGACCGUGGUGAACCUGGGUUGCCAGGCAAACCAGGAGAAACUGGAGAAAAGGGAGCUCAGGGUCCACCUGGCUUACCUGGCUUACCUGGUAGUAAUCAGUGUAACUCUGAAGUCGGUGUUCAAGGUCCUCCUGGCCCUAAGGGUGAAAAAGGAGAACCAGGAAAAGUGGAAUGUAGCAGCUGCAAGGAUGCAAGAAGUGACAUUGAUUCUUGGGUAACUUUUAUCUACCAAAAGAAAUUGAAAGAAGGUGUAGAGGCUAACCACGGACCUCCAGGCCCUGCAGGAAAGCCUGGCCCUCCAGGUCCUCCUGGACCACCCGGUGUACUUUAUAUAAAUAGAGUGUACCCAGUCCGACCCAGGCCACAUUGCAAGCAGCCGGUGAACCAGGAUCCAUGUCUUGAUUCAGAUACUGAACUUAUGAAGGAUUCUCCUGACAAUAGCCAGAAUGGAUAUAAGCAUGCCACCUGGACCUUCAGUUCAAAAGAGCUCAUGUUGAAAUCCGCUUCCUCCAUUCCUGAAGGCAGUUUGGUCUACAUCAUUAAAGAGGCUGAAGCUUUCUUCAAGACCCACAAAGGAUGGAAAAAAAUUGUGAUGGAGGAUUCCACGCUUCUAUUUGCAGCUGAUGACCCUUUGGUGUCUACGGAAGAUAACCAGCUUGAUGAAAGAAACAUAAUAAUUCUGACAAUUGCACCAACAAGCAUCCCCCAGAGGAUUCCUUCACUCCGCCUAGUAGCACUAAAUUUCCCUUUGACUGGUAACAUGAGAGGGAUUAGUGGAGUGGACCUACAGUGCCAUCAUCAGGCCCAAGAGGCAAAUCUGCAAGGAACUUUCCGAGCCUUCCUGUCAUCAGAUACCCAAAGCCUUAGCUCAGUUGUGAAGAGAACAGACAGGAAUUUGCCACUUGUUAACCUUAAGGGUCAGCUAUUGGCAACGAGCUGGAAUUCCCUCUUCAGAAGGCAUGGAAUUUCUGAUUUCAAUACCAAGGAGUACCCCAUCUAUGCGUUCAAUGGGCUGAAUGUUAUGACCGACCCUGCAUGGAUCAACAAAGCUGUCUGGCAUGGCUUGGUGCUUCAGAUAAACCACUCCAAAAUUCAAGACUGUGAAAACUGGAGAAAAGCAUCCAAAUAUUUAACAGGACAGGCCUCUAUUCCGCUGAAGGACAUAUUCCUCCUGGAGACCAGCUGGAGAUGCUCAGAUCGCCUGAUAGUUUUGUGCGUGGAAAAUUCUUUUGGUAGCACCUAGAAGGAACAUAUUAUUAGUCUGGCAGGGAACAAAAAGAAGGCCUUAGUUACCAUCGUGGUUGGAACAGUUUGAAUGAAAGAGGCCCAUGCAUUAAGGUAUUAGGAUGCAAAGCACAUGUUGGGAAAUGAAGUGUGCAAAGAACCAAGGCCACUCAUUAUCUUACUGCAAGCUGCCAGAACUUCUUGUCUUUUGGUCUCAGUGUAUAGAUAGAGACCAUUUAAAAAUAUUAUAUUUGCAUAUACAUAUAAUUCAUAUAUAUUUCUUGGUCAAAAUAUGGCAUUCAUUAGUCACACUCAUGUUCAAGAAAUAUUAAGUGCCUUUAUUUCUAUAAAAUUCUUGAAAAGGGAAUUCUGUAAUAUCUGACAAAGAGAGAUCUGCAAGUUACUAGGUUACUAGCACAUCUACAGUCUUUAAUAUCAUGGAGCUGUUACUUCAAAAACUAAUGAGAUAAAUAGUCUAAAUAUUCAGUUCCCCAAAAACAUAGCAUGCACUGAAAGCUGUGUUUCUCAAUCUCAUCAACUUUAACGGAUUUCAACUCCCAGAAUUCCGCAACUAGCAUACUGGCUAUGAAAUUUCGGACAUGGAAAUCUACAUAUCUUAAGGUUGCUGAAGUUGAGCACCACCAACCUAAAAUAUUCUUGGUCAAAUUAACAUAUCUGGAAAAGAGCCAAAGAAAGAGGUUUUGUGAUCAUUUCCUCAGAGUAUUAUUUAGUUUUUAACCACAAUAAAGUUUGAGCUACUCUUAUAUGUAGAUCCCCAAAACAUACAUUAAUGUCAUGGAAAAUUGGUGUCCAUGAUAUUAUUGCCUCAAAUUUUAGGUUCAUUAUUAACAUUGAAAGUUGUUAUUAGCACUUUUGACAUGGCAGUCUUUUUUCACUUCUCUUCUGAGUCAAGGCCAUUUGUUUGCUAUGUGUGAGAAUUUACUUUUUCAACAACUACACAUUAGAAACAUAUUCUGAAAGUCCCUGAAUACACAUGGAAGUUUUAGGAAAGAAACACACUGGGAAAAGAGUAAUGUAAACUGGGAAAAGUUUACUUACUGGAAAAAAGAGUAAUGUGAACCAUAACUUUGCCACUUGUGGAAUGUUAUCUAGAAUCAAUGUUUUCUACUGUUCACAUGUAACCAAUAUUUUUAUUGCUUUCUGAUAUAUCACAUAUACUAAAUGUAUGUGUCAUUUGUUUCUCUACUGUAUUGACUCCUCUUAAUAAAUUCUUUUACUUUGCAUAAA